AUGCUGCCAUCCACAGAACCUGGCAGAGUCAGAAAAAGAAACAAGCCAACUUUGGUAUGCACCAACUGCAAAAAGAGAAAAAUCAAAUGCGAUCGUAAGAUGCCAUGUUCCUCAUGCGUAAAGAUGAACGCGGGUUUCUCGUGUUCAUAUGAAACCAAAUGGCGAUCUGUUUCCUUUGAAGGAAGAUCCCCAGCAUUGCAUGGUAGUGAAAAUGGAUCAGGAUCUAAUGAAACAAACCCUUUGAAAGAAGAAUUGUCUUCACUCAAGAGGAAGCUUAAACUUCUAGAAGAAACCUUGAGUUCACAUGAUUCCGCCACCCCAGAGGAAAAUUCCAGAAUCACAGGCUCUAAUCUGGACUCUGCUUCCAGUAUACAUUCCAACUCAGUCAACCCAGUAGUUUCUGACGCUGACUUAUUGGACCUAUAUGGAGGCUACACUUCAUUACAGGUUAAGGGAAAUAUUCGAAGAGUAAAUUAUGGGCCACUUUCGUGGGCUUCUCUAAUGCGUAAGGAUCCUUGGUUGAACGUUUUGUGGAAAUACGUGGACAACAAACAACUAGGGCUUACCUGUUUGAUAACCCAGAAGGUACCCCAGAUAUCUCAGGAUGCCAUCAAUACCCUUAAUACUGACAGAAGUGAAAGCACCGAACUGAAGCAGGGGAACGAAGAAAUUUUCCAGAAAAAGGCAUUGGAGAAUGAAGGAAUAGACGAGAUGGUACCUUUCAAAAGUUUGACCAAGUUUACAAAAAACCUGAAUGAUACUAGUACAAAAAUUUUAGAAAAUGUCAAUGUCAGUACUGUCACUUUGGGCAAGACCCUUUUUGAUGGGAGAUGCAAUCCGGAAUUACAACUUAUUGAAAAAAUAAAAAUGAUAUUACCUAAGAAAAAGGUAUUAUGGAGCUUAAUAGACAGAUUUUUCAUGAAGUUAUAUCUCCAUUUCCCCUUUAUUGACGAACUUGACUUCAAGAAGGAACUUUCCAAAAUUAUAGGUCCUGUCAGCUACGAAGAUGUGCCAUUCGACAAGGUAAAAAUCGAAAAGAAACUCGACUUGGCCAUUAUAGCAAUCUGUUUAAUCUUGUUGAGACUAACCUACUUGUCAUUGUUCUCCAAUAGAAACUGUGUCAACGUCCAUAGGAUGAACUCUUCGGAUGAUAAUAUAGAAAAGUACUUGCUUGAGAACUCCAUCAAUUUGGUCAAUAUUGAAGUAGCCAACUCUUGCAUUGAGUGUUUCCAAUAUGGCAGAAAAUCUAAUCUCACAGUAUUCCAGGCCCUUUUAUACAUGAGACUUUACCGUUCCCAUGCUCCGGAAGAAGGUGAUGGUGUUGAUGGUGGUGACUCGCAGGUCGCCACCGCUAUGCUCAUUCAAAUGGCAUUUUCGCUAGGCUUGAAUCGAGAACCAGAAAAAUUUGACAAUUGCUUAGAUCCCAAGAUUAACAACAUGGGCAGGAAGAUAUGGCACUUUUUGGUCAGAUCUGAUUUUAUACAUUGCUACAGUGUUGGGAAUCCAACAACUAUUCACUUAUCACAUUUUGAUACUAAGAUCCCUUUUCUUGCUGAGGGGAACAGCAAUUUGGUAGAUUUGGAACGCGAAACUGCAGCAAUUAGAUCGUUCUCAUACUUGGGAGAAAGUUUGGGUACAUUAAGAAAAGUUCUAGACAUGGUGAUGGACCUCAAUAAUGGAAUUCCCAUAAAUGAGUUGACGCAGAAAUUGAACGUCGUUGAAAGAGUAGCUAGCGAGGUUUUCAAUGUUAUUGAAAGUAUUAGAAAAAUGCAAUCCACCAAUGACUUGACGUUGUUUGGCUAUGUUGUGAAGUCGAAAAUCUUCAUCUCUGUCAAGAGUUCCUUGUUGACACUCUACUAUCAUUUGUACUUGCAUUACGAAAAACUUUACAAUAACGAGUUGUCGUACUUCUACUUGAAGAAGAUGUUUGCCAUUAUUUACGAGGAUAUUUUGCCAUAUUUGUUUGAAUUAUUAUACGGUAACUUGGCUAAUUCAGGCUUGACUCUUAAUCCCUCCAUGGAACUUGCACUUCACAAGAGCAACCAAGUAAAUCUAUCCUGCUUAGCAAGAGUCAAUUAUCUUCGUACUAUGAUGGAACUGAAAGCCGAUCACGCCAGAAGAUUGCAAAUAGACCAGGCUUACAACUCUCAUUACUACCGCUUCAAGAGUUUGUCUACUAACCUCAGAAGAACCGGAGAUUUGAUAACUAUGAUAUUCGAAAGAUUCGGUACUAGAUACUACUACGCCUGGAGAGUAUCCAAGGCACAUUCAAGUCUAUUCAAGUUCUUGGGUUCCAAUGAGUUAUUCACGAAGUCAAUUCCUGGUAUCAAGAAAUUGCAUGCCUUCCAGUUUACUGCUGAACAGCUUGAAGAUUUGGACAGUGUGGUCCAUGCCAUUGGUAAGAGAGUGGAAGGUGCUGUGUUCUAUGAAGAUAGUGUGGACAAAGCUCCACCAUUCGAGAAAGGCACUGGCAUUUCUCCUUCAAUUAGUGCCAAGUCGGAGAUUGUAACGCCUUACUCUUCCAUAGGCUCUCCUCCGCAAGAAUCGCGUCCAAAUAACCAAUACAUAGAUCAGAUGUGGUUGCUGAUGAUGGCGAUGAAGUUUGACCCAGUAGAUCUGGAAGGAAAU